AUGGAGUCCAGAACCGCGACGGCUGAGCCGUCCAGUAAACGGCCUCGUUCUCCUUCCGGCGAUUUCGCUCCUAUCGCGUCCAAAGUUCCCAAGACGCAUUCCAAUCACCUGCAGAUCAACUACCUGGCCCGGCAAUACCCGGACAACCUCCCCCUCGUCUCGAUCGAUGACAACAUGACCGCCAUCAUCCAUCUCAUUGGCGAAUACGAUGGAGUCCUACAGCGGCACGAAAGCAUCGCCGGCAAUUUGGGCGCGUGCCCUCUGGGACCCAUCCUGAUCAAGCGCUUCGAGCGCCUGUUUGACGGGCCGCCCCGCGUUCUCAAAUCGCAUGGCAAGGACUCGCCCAAUGUGACUUGGCUGGAUGUGGUCGAGUUUGCCAAGAACAAGCCCGAGCAGUUCAAUCUGGAGAAGUCCCGCAACGGGGUGCGGGUCUGCCAGUUUUACACCAAGCAGUGUCGGGUCGAGAUUAGUGAGGAGGACUUUGUGUUGAUCGCAUCGGGUAUGCCGCAGAAGAUGAUUCCUCCGCAGCCGAUCAUCGAGGACGAAGAAAAGGAAUUGGGCGCAUUGGAGAUUCUGGAGAAGAAUCUCCUACAUAUCAUCCAGGUGGCCGACCAGGUGUCCGCCCGCGCCCGCCAACUCAACCAUCGCCUGAAGAAUCGCCGCACGGCGAUUGUUACGCGUCGGGAGAACGACACAUCUCUCCAUUCGCAACAACAUCGCUCCAUCAGCCCGGCGUGGCGCGAGGCCAAUGGCCAUGGCCAGAACCCACUGAACGGCAGCACCCCGGCCAGCGCUCAAUCUCCCUCCACCGGCUUUGUCGCCGUGAAUACCGGCCGGCCCGGCGCGGGCGAAGCCAUGGUGGAGGAGAAUGCGCUGUCGUCGCAGUUCAUGUUCUCGCAUUCCAACACGGACAACGUGACCAUCAUCAACGGCACCUCCAUCAAGGGUGCUUCGCCGACGACGCGCGCCGAGCUGAUGAAGAAAUUCUUUACUACGCAGGACCGCCAGGCGCGCAGUUACGAAGAGGGGCCCGAUUCCAGCAGCCGACAGUCCUCCCGGCCCCGGCCGCGAGCGUCGGAUGCAGCCGACUACAACAUGUUCGCCUCGGCCCCGGCUACGGUGGCCAUCCCCAACACACCAUCCUCGCUCCUGCCCCCACCCAAGUCCCACCACCACGAGAAAGACGAUGGGGGCCCGCACAAGAUGGAAAUGGUGGCCCGCAUGGAGGAGCUGCAGCGGGGCGAGCGCAUCCUGCCGCCCUGCGAUCGGUGUCGCCGGCUGCACAUGGAUUGCCUGAAGAACCUGACGGCGUGCAUGGGGUGCACCAAGAAGCAUGCCAAGUGUUCCUGGAAGGAUGUCAAGGAAGACGAAUUGCGCGAGACCCGGGUGGACCGCACGUCCCGGGAGCGGGCGGAGGACCCGCCGUCAAAGGAGGUGUCUUCGCCCAACCCCUUGCCCACUCCCGUGCCGGCGCCAUCAUCCGUGGCCCCGACUCCCGUCACUGGGCCGAUGUUGUUGGAGGCGGAACGGCAUCGGGAGGCUGCGCGGCACCGGGAACUCGAGCGACAUCGCGAGCGCGAGCGCGAGCGGGAGCACCACCGGGAGCAUGAGCGGGAGCAUCAUCGGGAGCAUGAGCGCGAGGGCCCGUCGGAGUUCAGUGUGCGCCGCGAAUCUGCGCCAACGGCGGGUCCUGUGGCGGGGAUGGCGCUGGCGAAGGAGGUAUCGCCGCGGCGGGCGAUGAGCGAGAUGCAUGGGAGCAGCGUGGUGAGCCAUGACCGGCGGGUCAGCCUGCAUCGGCACGCGGAAGCAGAGGAUGACGAUCCGGAUGCGAACCAGCGGCUGAUGCAGGCGAUCCUGGACACGGUGGAUCACCACUCGAGGGUGGCAGCGGCAGUCAAGGAAGGACAUGAGGUGAGCAACGAGCGGGAGCGCGAGCGCGAGCAGGAGCGCGAACGGGAGCGGAAGCUAGUGCGGGCAUAG